AUGUCGACCACCACCUUUGACGCCUCUGGUUCUUCCACUUUGAAACGUCCUCGACCCGAUUUUGAAGUGCUACCCGGCCCGGGUGACCCACCAGGGUCGUCCGCCCACGUCCCAGCGUCCCCAGACGUCGAAAGCAGUGCCUUGCGGACCAAGAAACUGAGGCAGUUUGAGGCGUACGCCAGUGACGCAGUUAGCGCUGAAGGCCGUCGCCAUCUUUGUCUGAGCGCUCGCAGCACCACCGCCACUACUACCACGUCUACGAGCGCGCCAAUUACCAUUCACCCGACGGAUGAGCUGCUGAAUAAUGGCGACUCUGGGUUCCAGGAGCUGCAGAUGCCGCCGGAAUAUUUGAAUGCUAGUGAUGAGGCUAACGGCGACUCUAGGUCUUUUGGGGAAGAGGGGGAGAAUGAAAGGGGCAAAGAGGAUGAAGAAAGCAAAAAAAGUGGUGGUGGCGACCAGGACGAAGACGGCGGAGGGAGUGGCUCCGGAUAUGAAGAUGACGACGGCGAAGACAGUGGAGGAGGUGGCGACAAUGACGACGAUGACAGUAUCAGUGAGACCUCUUGCGACUCCGACAUUUCAAGUCUGAGCGGCGAGAGCUGGAAACCCAUUUCCAAUCACAUCAAGUGGGUGCAGCUGCAGAUGGAGAAGAACAUCAGACCGAAGGACAUUAUCCUCCAGCUGACCGGUCAGGUGGUGCCCGAUGAGGUGGACGACAUGACGGCGCUCAAGUUCAUCAUUCGCUUCCUCGACUCGCGCGUUCGCCCGAAGCUGUCGCACAUUAACACCAUCGACGACGCCGUCUCCCUCAUCAACCGUUCAUCGAACAUAAUCGUUCUCACGGGAGCUGGCGUUUCCGUCUCUUGCGGCAUUCCCGACUUUCGCUCUCGCAAUGGCAUUUACGCACGACUCAGCAAGGACUUUCCUGACCUGCCGGAUCCUCAGUCUAUGUUUGACAUUCAUUACUUCAAGCGUAACCCCUAUCCAUUCUUCAAGUUUGCAAAGGAAAUCUACCCCGGACAGUUCUCUCCCUCGCCGUCUCACAAGUUUAUCCGAUGCAUCGAGCAAAAGGGCAAGCUCCUUCGCAACUACUCGCAGAACAUUGACACGCUGGAGCAGGCGGCCGGCAUUGAGAAACUGAUCACCUGUCAUGGCUCUUUCGCCACCGCUUCUUGCACCAAUUGCCGAUUUCAAGUGGACUCAAAUGCAAUCAAGGAGGACAUCAUUGCACAGCGCAUUCCGCUCUGUCCCCGAUGCAACACCAAUGACGAUGCAGCGGACUACAGUAUUAUGCCUGUCAUGAAGCCCGAUAUUGUCUUUUUCGGUGAAGGGCUCUCCGAUGAGUUCCACAACUCGAUGACUUUGGACAAGGAUCAGUGCGAUUUGCUGAUUGUCAUUGGCUCCUCUCUCAAAGUUCGCCCCGUCGCCCUUAUACCCAAUUCAAUUCCCGAUGACUGUCCUCAGAUUUUGAUUAACCGCGAGCCUCUUGACCACCUGAAUUUUGACAUUGAACUACUCGGCGACUGUGAUAUCAUUGUGAAGUACCUCUGCGAAAAACUGGGAGAGGAGUGGACUGAGAGUUGCUUUGGCCCCAAGGAAGCAGCUGGUACUUUUGAAACUAGCGAGGCAGCGAUUAGCAAAACCGAGGAUGAACUACCAUUCAAGUUCACCGCCCCAAACCGAUACGUUUUCAAGGGCGCCGAACUUUCUUUUUAUGAUAAUGACAACGAUGACGACGACGAGGAAGUCGACGACGUGAAUGAAGAAGACCAAGAUAAUCAAAAUGAUAGUGAAAAUGAAAGUGAGAUUGAAAAUAGUACCAAUGGUAGCAACAACCUGAACGCCACCUCAGAUGAGAGUGUCUCGCUGCAGUCCAGCUUUGAGACUUCAGUCGCUGACACUUCAUCAUCCUCUUUUUCGAUGAACCGCACUGACGAUGGUAACUUCUGCCUGAAGUUUAAGACGCUAGACGCAGAGAACGUGCCGCCAGCGGAGCAUGGCAUCGGCAAGUCCAUUACCUCGCCACUUCAUUCAUCUUUCGAGUGCAGCAACACCACCACCACCUAUCCGUCCCGCGAGAAGAAGGAAAAGCGAGAAAGCAUUGAAAACUAUUCUCCCAACUCUUUCUAA